CUGGGGGGCGAUAGAGUGUCAGAGACGAGCAAGUCAGGCUGGAGCUAACUGCGCACGGAGGUUAAAUUCCUUCCCUUGCUUCUCUUUCCACCUGACGAGCUGCUCACUCAGUCAUGGCCGCUAAGAGAGCCUUGGUCAUCCUGUCGAAGGGUGCAGAGGAGAUGGAGACCGUUAUCCCGGUGGACAUCAUGCGAAGAGCCGGGAUUGCAGUGACAGUGGCGGGGCUGACUGGUAAAGAGCCGGUGCAGUGCAGCAGAAAUGUCCUGAUCUGUCCCGAUGCAAGCUUGGAGGAGGCCAGAAAACAGGGCCCCUAUGAUGUGGUUCUUCUUCCAGGAGGAAUGCCAGGGGCGCAGAACUUGGCGGAGUCUCCUGCUGUGAGUGAAGUGCUGAAGGACCAAGAUGGCAGGAAAGGCCUUAUUGCGGCCAUCUGUGCAGGUCCGACUGCUCUUCUGGCGCAUGGCAUCGGCUACGGUAGCACUGUGACCACACAUCCAGCUAUGAAGGACAAGAUGAUGGCUGGAGAUCACUAUAAAUAUUCUGAGGCUCGAGUGCAGAAGGAUGGCCAUUACAUCACCAGCCGUGGGCCCGGAACCAGUUUCGAAUUCGCCCUGACUAUCGUAGAGGAGCUUCUGGGGGCUGAGGUUGCCGCUCAAGUCAAGGCUCCCCUCGUUAUGAAAGAGUAACUGUAGCCGCUUCACAGCUGCUCACGGGCCGCAACUUUAGGGUCACUGGGAGUUGGAGUCUGUCCUAGCUGACAUCAGACGAAAGGCUGACUACAACAUAGACUGCUCAACAGUCAAUCACAGGGCACAUAUCGAGACAGACAACCAUUCACGCUCAAAUUCACACCAUCAGUGAGUUGUAACUGAACCCACGCUCCCUGCAGGGAAGUCAGGCAAAUGAACCACAACACCAUCAGCUAAAAGAUGCAAGAAUGCCCAAUUUAAAUCGCUUAUUCAUUUGACAAUUGUAUUGUGGUUGUAGUUAGCAGUGAUGUAGAGCUGUUCUGCAUCUCACUGAGAGGUAUCUGUUAGAAUUUAUCCCUCCCAUGCAGCUAAUUUAGGUAACAGAGAGAUGCGAAACCACUCUUAGUUAGAUGCAAUUGUACACUACUGCAAAAUACAACCACAGAAAUAAAGAGAUGUAUUUGUAAAGUCAGAAUUUCUUGCAUUUGCCCCAUUAGAUCCGGGGAAACUUUUGGCAAUCCAAUUCUUAAAACAGUACAAUAAUCCCUCACAUUCAAGGUUUACUAUUUGCAAAUUCACCUAUUCAUGUUUUUCCGGAGCAUAUUCCCAGCUACUGUAUUUGCUUUUUGUGUGCUUUCUGAAACACCCUACAAUGCCACAAGAUGCUGUCAACGCCCUGUCUGAAUAGGAAUUGGUCUCAUGGAAAUGCAGUAUAUUGAAGUAAUACAUCUUCACUGAAAGACAAGCCUUGUAUUAUUGGGGGAUGAGCUAAGUUUUAGCCUGGAUUGUUAGUGGGAGAUACAGAGAUUCUUCGCCUUAUGUCCAUGUACGUGUUCAAUUUUGUUGCAUUUUUGGGAAAUCAAUAUACAAGCCAUUUAUUUUUAAGAGUAAAGUUGUAAAAUCAGUUUAAAAUAUUUUGUGAUCAUAGUUUUUGACAUAUAUACAGUUUAAACUAUUAAAAUUGACAAUAAUAAAGAUUUUAAGGAGGUUGUCAAAUACUUGAGACUAGCGGGGAUUACUGUACAACUUUAGGGGACGUGUAUAAGAAGCUUGGAGUUGCUCAUAAUCAUUUCAUUUUUUUUUUUUUAUUAAUUUAGUACAUCUGUUGGAGGACUUCCCAAAAACUGAAAUGGCCGCUAAAGGGAAAACAAUGUCCAGAUGUACCCAAUGAUGUGGUCAGUGAGUGAAGAGUCCUCCUCCUUCAUUUGCACUUGAAACCAGCCUCGAUUGUCCUUUCAGCAUGAACUUCAAUGUAACUAAUCACUGCACAGCAUUUUUUAAUAACCCACAAUAAACUCAAUGUUACAAUAA